ACGGACACUGUGAUUGGCUGUACGUAAGGCGCCAGAAAAUCCCGGUUUGGUUGCAUCCCUUCCUCAGGAAACUGGACAGGAUAGCCUAAAACCUUAUGAGUGGAGACUGUAGGUGUUCUCAGUGGACCUGUCUGCAACCUCAGGUGCUUUUUGCAGAGUUUGACUGCUGGAUGCAGCGGCAACAUUGUUGCGCACCGCUGCUGAAGAGAGGAAGAAAGGUUAGUGUGUGUCGGUGCGAGCGGUGUAAGUGGCCGCGUAGCCCCUUGCUUAUUGUGCGCUGUAGUGUCACAGGCCCGUUUAGAACUGUUCUAGCCUCAGAGCAGCCAGCUUCAUCCCUGAGUGAUGGACGCCUUCGGCUUCGUGUGUGCUGUUCUCCUGUGCGCCACCGUGGUGCACGGCAAGCCAACGUUAAGAAAAGAAAGGGUCCUUCAUCCGGACCCAGAACUGAGCAGCAGGCCAGCCCAGGAAGACAAUAAAAGCUUCCAGUACGACCAUGAGGCCUUUCUUGGCAAAGAGGAGGCCAGAACGUUUGAUCAGCUCACCCCCGAGGAGAGCCAGGACAGGCUCGGUAAAAUAGUGGACCGGAUAGACAGCGACACCGAUGGCUACAUCACCACAGCCGAACUCAAGGCUUGGAUAAAACGCGUACAGAAGCGUUACGUAUAUGAGAAUGUGGCAAAGGUGUGGACAGAUUAUGACCUGAACAAAGACAAUAAGAUUUCAUGGGAUGAGUACAAGCAAGCCACAUAUGGAUACUACCUCGCCAACCCAGAGGAGUUUGAGGAUGCAACAGACCAGUUCAGCUUCAAAAAGAUGCUUCCUCGCGAUGAGAGGAGGUUUAAAACGGCUGAUCUAAACGGGGACCUGGCGGCAGACAGAGAGGAGUUCACGUCCUUCCUCCACCCUGAGGAGUUUGAACACAUGAAGGAUAUUGUGGUUCUGGAAACCCUGGAGGACAUUGACAAGAACAGCGACGGACAUGUGGAUGAAGACGAGUAUAUUGCCGACAUGUUUGCUCACGAGGAAGGAGGUCCAGAGCCAGACUGGGUCAAGACUGAGAGAGAACAGUUCUCUGACUUCCGAGACUUGAACAAAGAUGGCAAGAUGGACCAGGACGAAAUCCGCCACUGGAUUAUGCCACAGGACUACGACCAUGCCCAGGCUGAGGCCAGACAUCUGGUGUAUGAGUCUGACCAGGACAAGGACCAGAUGCUGACCAAACAGGAGAUCCUUGAAAACUGGAACAUGUUUGUGGGAAGUCAAGCCACCAACUAUGGAGAGGACCUCACGAAGAACCAUGACGAGCUCUGAGCUCUCAAUGCUGCAUGUGUGAGGAGGGUUGUUGAACAUCUUUGUCUUCAAAGACAGACUCUUGCGCCUCCUGCCACCACCGCAGCCACCACUCCAUCCUUUCUGCUUAAAUAGCAGAACAGAUGUCAGUGUGUUGGAUUGUCAACCAACCCUGUAGAUACCAAACAAGAGGAGGGAUAAUGGUCGGUUCUACCACUAAAACUAAACUAAAACUAAGGGUUCGUCUCGGGUUUUAUAUCUGACAUUCAGGAGCAAAGCUAGACCCAGCGGCCCUACUUUCCACCUUUCAAUGGUGCCUUCCAGCCGCAUCGCCGGCUCAGCUGCCUCAGAGAUCUGUGUAGAUAGUCUUCCUAUCUGUCAAAGCUGAAUGCCGAACUUUACGUGGAUUGUCAGAUACAGGAACAGGUUUUAAUAGCAAUGUGAAACUACAAUGCAGAACAUUUAUUCUGUUUUUAUUUAUUUAUCGAGUAACUUCUGAAAUCUAGGUUUGAGAAGAAUACAGUGUUCACCUACAGAACUUACAAGUAAGACAUGUUUCUUUGUUUACAGUUUUCCUGGUCAAAUCAUUUUAAUGUUCUUUUUGUUUGGAUUAGUGCUUUAAGAACUGUUAAUUAAAUGAUGUUUAAUGGCAUGGUUUUUGCACGCAUUUGGUUUUAGUGUAGCCUGUGAAAGACUUUUUUCCAUCAUAUUUAGUUUGAAAUGUAUUUAUUGGUAUACUUUAGGCCAGCACUAUGCUUCAUGUUAAAGUUGAUUGCCUUUUGCUGGGGUUAUAUUUGAGCUUUAUUACAACUGUCUAAUUUAAUUAGCAUUAGCUUUUUUUGAGUGUUCUGUUGGCUUGAAUACAUAAGAGGAGUCACAUGACUUCUAGCUUCCUGGUACAUCAGUCCAAGGUCAUCUUCUUAUCAGACUGAAUUUAUUUCCACUGCAUUUGACAUUGUAUUUACCAGCCUGAUGUUUUGGAACAUCAGGCAUUCAUCUUCUGUAUUUUUUGUCACUUUUUUCCCUCUUGUUUAAUGGGUAGUUUGCAUACAACUCAUGAAAAAACCAAACUAUGACCAGAAUUUGUUUUUGUUGGUCAAAUUAACUUCUUUUAGUUUUAUUUUUAUUUUUUGUGCUUUGUUGUCCCAAACCUCAGUUAGAUUAAUAGUCCACAUCCCACACGGGCACAAGAACAUCCACAUGUCUCCUUUUCCACACUGCACAUGCUCACAAAUUGUGUCAAAAUAAAAAAGCGUUGUGUA